AUGCACACUUCCGCUCAGCGGAAACCUUCUUGGCAGUCGCAGCGACUACCAUCGCUACGUUCAGCGCGAUCAGGGACAGAUGGUCAAGCUUCGACGCGUCAAUCCGAGCCGCUGGCAGACCACCAAGACAGCACUCAAUCUCGUGACUCACAGACCCGUACAUCGAUGGCAGCUUCUGCACAAUCCGCCACGUCAAAAUGGUGGCAUGUGCACCUGUUCCGUGGAAUGGUCAAUGACGUGAAGCGCAGAGCACCCUAUUAUUGGAGCGAUUGGACAGAUGCUUGGGACUAUCGCGUCGUGCCUGCAACAGUCUAUAUGUACUUUGCCAAGUAUGUUCUUCCUGGCUUGAUAACAAUCACGCUUUUGUUUUAG